AUGGAUGCCAGCGUAAGUUUAGCACCGUUCGCUGAGGACACCGCCCAAGCCUCCAAAGAGCAGCCGACACAGAAGGAGAUUCGCUGUCGACGACUUGUGGCAGAGACUGCGAAUCCUAGUUCCCGCUAUGUUGGCAACACGCCGAAAGAAGAGCUGCUGCUGGAACAUGUGGCUUGCAGGACAAGAUUUCACAUUGAAAUUUUCUUUCCAUUCCUGUUCGACGAUGGGUUGGGGCAGUCGAUUUUUCGAAUCUUCGGCUGCUUCUCCGGCUACGGUUGCUCCCAGGUGAGGGAGUUUGAAGACCAGUUCGUCAAUGUCUAUGGCAACCGCUUCCUCUUCCUUUGCCCACCAAACGAGUUCUCCCGUUUGCAGAUAAGUAGCUGUUCCAAGCAUGGCUUCAUUUUGAUUUUGUCCGACCAGGUAUGGUGUGCCCAAGUUUUUGCCCACCACACUGCGGCCGACGCAACGCAUCUUCCGUACCAAGAGCUUUACGAGUACAAGUCUUGUGCAAGAUUUCUUGCUGACUUUUUCAAUUACGAUGAGCUCCACCCGGCUGACAGAUAUCCCACAGUGGUGCCAGCUCCAGCAUCCGUGCUGAAUUGGCAGGCGGGUGAUUGCUUUGAUCUAUCCAUUGCCCUUGCCUCGUUGCUCAUUGGAGUGGGUUACGACGCCUACUGCGUUAGUGGAUUCGCACCCAGGUUCAUCACAACUCGCAACGAAGCUCGCAGUGCAUGCCCACAGUUGGAUGCCGACAUCGAGGAGACCAAGGAAGAGGACAAGCAGGAGGAGGAUGAGUUCGUCAUUCCGAAGAAGCCACCGCUUAGGUCCGAGUACAAGGAGGCAAAGGCCAGGGCUGAGGAGGCAGAUCGCAUCCGUCUUCAAGAGGAAGAGAUGAAGUCGGAUUCAGAGGAUGAUCCUUCCAGUGAUGAGGAUGAGUUCGAAAACCGGCGCAUCCAUUGCUGGGUCUUGGUGCGGAAGGGUUCUCGUGAGGUUGCUGAAGACAUGUACCUCGAGCCAACCACCGGUCGCAUCUACUCCGUAAAGCGCUGUCCAUACCUCAAGAUUGACCUCAUCUGGAACCACCGCAACCUGUGGGUCAACAUGCAGGUAUGUGGAGCCUCCCACGUUCAGCUUGAUCUCUACAACUCUCGCUACUUCGAGUACGUGAUGCUCGACGCCGACAAUCCGGGAAGCGACCUGGGAAGUGGUGGCAGAUAUGAGGGCGACGACACAGGUCCGACUGCCGUGCCAUCUGCGGGCGGCAACAUGGACUCCGACGAGAGUCGCAGGGCGGAGCAAACGGCACAGAUACUGGACUUGCCAUCACCCUGGAGCGAGCGACCGGAUAUUCCUCGCGAGAAGUUCCAUGCACGUUGCUACCAGGGGGAGAAGACGAUUUUCUAUCACAAGUGCAAGGUGGAGCAGUAUGCGCCAUACACGCAAGAUGAUGGCCUAGUGCAGCGAAUUACCCUGUACAAGGACGUGCGCCGGCAGAUUCCCCUGGAGAUCCGUGAGCGGUUCAAGCAUCGGAAAGACAAGCUGUUUGAGCGCAAACGUCGGCCUAUGCAGAAUGAGACGCUUGAGCGAUUUCUCCCUGGGCGGCCCUCCACAUCUGCCUCCAAUGCGGGUGGUGCUCUCAAGGAGUACCGAGAGAUCAGCGCCCUGAGCCGCGAGCUGAUAUUCUACAAGUCUCGCCUGGAUGGCCUCGUUCGUUCCGUCGAGAUCAUUGGCAGGAAGAUGUUCGAAUACUUUGAAGAUCGAGACGACCGACUUAUCUACCAUUCUGUGACUUUGGAUCCUACAGCCAUGAUCAACGGCACGCUGCGUGGUGGGCCUAAGAGCAAGGACACCUACCCCGUCGAUUCUGUGGGAGAAGUGCCAAUAAAAAAGAUGACGCAGAAGUAUGCUCGCAAUCCCGAGGUUCCAGCCGAUGAAGACAUUGCCAAGAUUAGCUUCUACCUUUCGGAGCAAACUUCUUCCUCAAUUUAUUCUUCAACGGGAAAAAUACGCGUGGACUACCAUCGAGAACCUGGUUCGCUGACUUUUGGCCAAGCCAUGUACCACUAUGAAGACGGCAACCUCCGUCGCCGGCCCUCGAACUUGCGACAGCCAACCCAGGUUCAGGUCCACAAACUGUUGCAGAUGCAGUCCAGUUGUCGGGACACCAUCAUGGCAUCCCAUACCAGCAUCCAGCAGGAGCUGACCACACGCCGAAAGGAUGAGAUCAGCAUCCGCGGCAUGCGGUCUGUCUCAGCAGGGAAGAAGCGAGAUCUCACAAUCCCAGGUAGCCGUGACGAUGUGCUGGAGCCGUCUGUUUAUGACCUGGCUCGCGAGAGCGCUCGUGUGGAAGGCACCAGAGAAGGUGCCGAAGAGGAGAAGCAGGAAGAGCAAACUUCGAAGGUAGAUAUCCUUGCUCCGUACCUGGUGGAUUUCAUCAACAAGGAGACCGGCCUUGUGCAGCUCGACUCGCUGCAGGCGGAGCUCGUGGCCAAGAAGUGCACCACAGAUUUCCGCAAGCGCCUCACAGAUAGGGCCGAGAUCAUCCAGCGUCGUUUGGAGGAGGAGCAAGAGCUACUCCGCAAGAGACGGGCGCAAAUGCAGCGCCGAGGGGACAGCGUGGAGCGGGAUGAGCGCGACUUCGAACAGUACCAGAACCAAGCUAUGUUUCGAACACAGAUCUUGGAGCAGCGGCUGGCCCGACAUGAGAUGCAGGCCAUUGAGAAGUUCCAGGAUCUGGAGAGGAUGCUGCAGGAGGACCCUCGUCUGGCAGCGAUGUGGCAGAAGGAGCCGGCGGCGGUGAAGGGUUGA